CUCCUGGGUGUAGUCGCUGCCUGACUAGUUCAGUGGUUCAGUCCAUGGAUUCUAGCAGAAUGUGACGCUACCUUCUAGCUUUUUUUAAAAAGCGAAGUGAUUUAUUUAUCAAUUGGACCUGCAAAGUUUUUGUUACUGAGCAGCAGCUGAUAAGGAAUCACAACAUUGGAGAGAGGGAAGGGGAAGAGAAAGUUGCAUUGAAAAAUCUUUUGACAUCGCACGCUUGUUUGUUACUGCUGUUUCAUGUGAAGGGACAGUGUAGAUAGUAUGUGAGACAGACAGAGAGCGAGAGAGAGACCGCUGGUCUGCCGGUGUUGGUAUCUCUCUCACUCUCUCCAGUGUAAAUCUCGGUCAGCCUGACUUUUUUUUAAACCCGGCAUUUAAAGGGAGGGUAUGAGCCCAGCUCGGAGAGGAGGACCGCGGACUGUGUGAAGAGUAGGCAGCCCCUCCGGCCAUGGAAACCCAGCAUCAAGUCUCCACUCCGCCGCCGCAAUCUACCGACAUUAAGAUUGAAGCAGAGAAAAGUCCUGCCAAGGAGGAGGAAGGGGAGAAGAGUCCAGCCAAGGAGGAAGGUGGGGAGAAAAGUUUCACCAAGGAGCAGGAAGUAGAGAAAUGUCCAGCCAAGGAUGAGCCACAACCUACCCCCUCCAGAUCCACUGGCAUAGGCAAAAGCCCUCGAGCAAAGCAAGAUGGACUGAAAGCUGAGGAGAGGCAGCGACUGGCUAGACAGCGCCGAGAAGAACGGGCAAAAAAUCUCGCUGCUAAGAAAUCAGUAUGGCUGGAAAGGGAAGAAAAGGCAAAAAUGCUGCGAGAGAAACAGAUGGAAGAUCGGAGGAGGAGGUUAGAAGAACAGAGGCUGAAAAUAGAGAAGAGACGAGCUAUACUAGAGGAACGGCAGCGACUAAAGCUUCAGAAAAAUAAGGAGCGUUAUGAAGCUGUGGUACAGCGAUCGACCAAGAAAACAUGGGCCGAGAUCCGUCAGCAGAGGUGGUCAUGGACAGGAGCCCUCCCCCAUACCCUGAGUGCGCACAAAGAGAGGUCAGAGGGGUGCUCUAUCUCGGCUGUCAAUCUGCCCAAACAUGUGGAUUCCAUCUUAAACAAAAGACUCUCCAAGUCCUCAGCCACACUCUGGAAUUCCCCCAGCAGAACUCGCCGUUUACAGCUGAGUCCUUGGGAGAGCAGCAUUGUGGACCGACUGAUGACCCCAACACUGUCUUUCCUCGCCAGGAGCAGGAGUGUCGCUGUUUUAGCGAGUAAUGGUCGAGAUUCAGUUGCCCCCCUCUGUCCUCGCUCAGCCUCAGCCAGCCCAGUAGCCCCAAGUAGUGGCAAGCCCCCUCACAGAUGCUCUAAUCGAUGGAGAGCUGCUCUCAGUACGCCUGAUAUCCCAGGACGGCACAAGACUGAUCCCCAUCUGAGUGAAAGCAAGAAGAAGGAGAAAAAGGACAAGGAGCGGGAGAACGCAAAGGAAAAGCAUGCCCUGUUGAAUUCUGGGAGUGUGGCUGACAAGAUGAUGAGGAAACGACAGUCUCUUCCCAUCGUCAGAAGUAAAGAGUCUGUGGCAAGAGAAGCCAGAUUGAAGAACCGGUCUUUGCCCAGCUCACCCAGGCGUAGGUCCUCAGGCACUAGUAAUAGUCCUGUGGUGCCACCGGUGACAGUGGGCAGCAGUACCCCAGUUAGGAAGUCGAAAGCCAAAGGCGAGAGCCGCAAGGAGAAGGAAAACCGCCCGAAACGGAAGGAGGAAAAGGACGAGGAGCAAAAGGAGGGUUCGAGGCCUUCAUCAGCCAGUGGCCUAAAAAGUAAGGAGCUGGUGAUUGAGGCUCCUGAGUCUGCUCAUGGUUCACCUGCUAAAACAAUAGCAGGCACUAUGGACCCAGAGGAGGCCGUGAGAGUCCUCACAGAGAAACGUCGACUGGCCAGAGAGCAGAGGGAGCGGGAGGAGCAGGAGAGAAAGGAACAAGAAGAGAAGAAGAGGCUGAUGAAAGAGGAAAUGGCCCGUAGAAAGGCUGAAGAGAAAGCCCAGCGCGUGGCCGAGGCUCUUCGACUAGAGGAAGAAAACCGGAGAAAGGAAGAAGAACAGCGGCUUCAGGAAGAAGAGUGUCGAUGGAGAGAGGCUGAAGCAGAGCGCGAAGAAAUGGAACGCCUGCAAAAACAGAGAGAAGAGGCAGAGGCUCGAGCACGCGAGGAGGCUGAGAAACAGCGACUAGAACGAGAAAGACAUUUCCAGAAGGAAGAGCAGGAGCGGUUAGAGAGGAAGAAGCGCCUGGAACAGAUUAUGAAAAGGACCAGGAGAACUGAUUGUCUGGAAAAGAAAGAUGACAGAAAAUCAACUGCUGAUGGGGAGCCAAAUGACAAGGACACAAAGGCAAAGAUACUGGAAGCCGGUCCUGAUGGUGUGAAGACUGAUUCCACUGAAGGUCAGCGGGAGGCACCAGUUGACCAGAAGGCUGGUGAGUUGUCCGUCAAUGCCACAGACUGUCCGUCACAGGCUCAUCCGCCCGGACAGCUAGGGGAACCUUCAAAAGAAGAUGACUGCGAACAACAAGCUGUCCUCACCAACGGAGUCCAGUCGAACAAACAGGAAAAUGGGAUUUGUCCCAAGGAGGUGGCCUCACAGGACUUUGAAGGGAUCGUCGAGCUCUCUAAUCACACAGGCUGUUUAAAGGAAACUGUGGACAGUAAUAGGGAGAAAGAAUGUCUCAGCAACCUGACAGCCGAUGAGAUUCCAGUCAAUCCCAUCAUCGAAUUUGAGGAGGGAAGUUCCUUCAUUAAGAAAACAACGGGAAUUCAAUCCCAGCAUGUAGCAGAAAUCCUCUGAAGGCCUAAGGGGAGAAACCUCCCCCUCCCCCUCUCGUCCCCUCCCCCUCCCCCUCUCGUCCCCUCCCCCUCCCCC